AUGCGCGAGUGCGGGGCACGUGGCCGGGCGGUCCCGUCCCCUCGCGCACCGGCCGGGCGGUCCCGUCCCCUCGCGCACCGGCCGGGCGGUCCCGUCCCCUCGCGCACCGGCCGGGCGGUCCCGUCCCCUCGCGCACCCGCCGGGCGGUCCCGUCCCCUCGCGCACCCGCCGGGCGGUCCCGUCCCCUCGCGCACCCGCCGGGCGGCCGCAGGCACUCUCGCCUCUCCGAGGCCUGACGUGCGCACCCAUCAGACGGGGAUGCUGCAUCACCAGUGGCCACUCGGCCGCAUCCGGCUGGGCUGCUCGGGCGGGCGCGUACCCUCGGACCCCGAGACCCCACUUCAGGCCCCGCGCCCGACGCCGCCGCGCUCGGAGGAAGCCCACGGCGGCGAGGCCGGACGCGGGGCGCAGACCCAACCCAGAGUGCGCCGGGCUGGGGGCGCUCACGGCCAGCCCCCCGCGGCCCCGCUCCUCCAGGCCCCGCCGGGCGGGAGGCGGGCUGCGCGCGCCGCUCCCCACGCCCGGGCCCCACCCGCGCCCCGGCCCGCCCGCUCCUGGGACCGGCCCCGCGCCCCCGGGGCUCCCCGCCAGGCCGCUGUCGCGCGCGCCGGGCUGCGCCCCAGUCCCCGGGCCCCCGCGGGCCGCGGCAGUCCCGGGGCCCCGCCGUCGGCCGCCGCCGGACGCUCCGGGCCCUCUCCGCCGCGGCCCCGCCGGGCCCCUCCCCGGGCCCUCUCCCGGCCGCCUCCCCGGCCCGCCCGGCGCUCCCCGCCCGCCGCGCCCCUGCCCCUACCGUGCGGCGACGCGGGGCCGGCGGACCGGGCGCGCGGGGCUCAGCUGGCGGCGCGGCCCGGCUGCAGGAAAUGCCAGAGCACUGAGGCUGCAGCCGGCUCGGUGGGAGAGAAUUCCGCUGCUGACUCCCGAGUCCACGUGGGCGAUCCUCCCGCACAGGUGACGUCGCCGUCUGGGCACCGGCGGGCACCGUGCAUCCUUCGAGUUCCGGCAAUCUACGAUGAUGGGACGCGCUGUCCCAGCCUCUACCACUUCUGCUUCUGCUCCAAGCUCUGGCCUCGCUUCCUCCUGGAAGCCCUCCCACACAUCCCCUGGCUCAUUUGCUCCCCCCCCCCCAGCAAGUCCCCGUGA